GAGGGGAUACGGUUGUGUGUUUCACCUUCUCUCUGGAGUGUUAGAUACAGGCAGCAUGGGCAAUAUUGUUUUAUGCUGGUCAGGAUUCAAAUAUCAAAAAAUAUCCAAGACAGACAACCCCAUAACCUGCCAUGAUAACCCACAGCUGGCACAGAGAGGGCCAACACACUGGAACCAAGCAUAUGCUGUGAAUGAAGAGAUGUUGGAUACCCCUGUAUCUGACAGAGAUCUCAGUCUUGUUGCAAGUCACAUCGGGAUCGGGUUCGAGAUUGUCGGCAUCGAACUUGGACUUACUCUUGUGGUUAUCGAACGAGUUACGUUUCCAUACCCAUACUCACUAUAUAUGCAAGUUGUACACAUGCUUACCAAAUGGAAGCGGAAGAACUGCGAAGGCAUGUACCUGCAUGUGCGUAUCACAUUCAGAGGAAACUCCCGCUUUUAAAUAUCGAGUCGCGAUACUUGGUUCACUGACGCUUCUGUACAUAAUUGUGUAUCCUCACUUAUCUGAAUAAUGUCCUGUUUCCUUAAGUUGCACACUGAACACUCUUCAGUGUUAAC